ACUUGGUUCAUGGUCUCUAAUAUUUCAGACAGGAGCUCCCCUUAGGGAGUCCUUCUUUUCCUGGCUGCAGCUCUUUUCAUUUUGCCACCUUUUUCCAGCUCCAUGAUGGUUCUGCAGGUUUCUGGGGCCCCCCAGACAGUGGCUCUGAUGGCAUUACUGAUGGUGCUGCUCACACCUGUGGUCCAGGGCAGGGCCACUCCAGAGAAUUACAUGCUCCAGGUCAGGGACGAAUGCUAUGCAUUUAACGGGACACAGCGCUACCUGGAGAGAAACAUCUACAACCGGGAGGAGUUCGUGCGCUUCGACAGCAACGUGGGGGAGUACCGGGCAGUGACAGAGCUGGGACGGCCUGACGCGGAGUACUGGAACAGCCAGAAGGACUUCAUGGAGCGGAAGCGGGCCGAGGUGGACACAGUGUGCAGACACAACUACGAGCUGGACGAGGCUGUGACCCUGCAGCGCCGAGUCCAGCCUAGGGUGAACGUCUCCCCAUCCAAGAAGGGGCCCUUGCAGCACCACAACCUGCUUGUCUGCCACGUGACAGAUUUCUACCCAGGCAGCAUUCAAGUCCGCUGGUUCCUGAAUGGACAGGAGGAAACAGCUGGGAUCGUGUCCACCAACCUGAUCCGUAAUGGAGACUGGACCUUCCAGAUCCUGGUGAUGCUGGAAAUGACCCCCCAGCAGGGAGACGUCUACACCUGCCAAGUGGAGCACCCCAGUCUGGACAGUCCUGUCACCGUGGAGUGGAAGGCACAGUCUGAUUCUGCCCGGAGUAAGAUGCUGACAGGAGCCGGGAGCUUCGUGCUGGGGCUCCUCAUCUGCGGAGUGGGCAUCUUCAUGCACAGGAGGAGCAAAAAAAGCUCAACGAGGAUCUGCAUAAACAGGGUUCCUGACCUUGCCGAAAAGACUAAUUUUGUUAGCCCCAGCCGCUGCUUCCGGGACAGACACCCAGCUCCCCAAGAGGACGCUGCUGCCAAGAAGUUGCUCUGAAGCCAGUUUCUGUCAUUCUGCUCUUUGAUUCAAUGCACGGUUUCUCUCACUGAAUUCUUCUUAGUGCCAUAAAUAAUCAAAACCCAACAUGAGUGUUUGUUUCUUUCAAAAAUAGGCA